AUGUCUAGUUUUGACAAAUUAGCUCAAUUUGUCGACCAGUCAUUGAAGGUCGAUGGCGUGUGGUCGGAAAUCACCACUAACGGAGGUUAUCAUGUGUGCAAAAGUCCUGAGGUAACUCUAAGUUUUUAUCCAACAACUAAAACUUUGAAAAUUCAAGGACCGAAGCAAGUAUAUUAUCGUUCACUUUUGCAAGACAUUGGUGGACUAGAUAUCAAUAAUUUUAAGAAGCAGGAGACCAACCCUGAAGCCCUCGAGCGAGACGAAGAAGAAAGCUUCGAUGCUUCAUUAGUAUGCAUUUCUUCACAAUCAAGCGUGGGUGAAAUGCCUACGGUCUGCUGCGGUUCUAGUUGUGCGGAAGGAAUGAAAAAACUAUGGCAAGAAAUAGAAGCUAUUAAAACCAAUCUUAAGAUAUCUGAAAUGAAGAGCGCUUCCGCUAGCUGUCCAACGUGCAAAACUAAUUUAAAGGACAAGCAAGACGCACUGAAUAAAUGUGUGGAGUAUGAAAAUACAAUAAAACGUCUUGAAGAUGAAAAAUUAAGCCUAAUAACAGCUAUUAGACUUUUACAGGAAGAUUCGCAAAGCAUCCACUCCAAAACGGACAAGAUUCCGGCAAAUUCUGGUCCAUGGGAAAAAGUUAAUCGAAAGGGCAAGCGAAAUAAUAAUAACAGUCAAGAUCAAGGCCAAACGAAAAAUGAUGAUAAAGCUGCUGAUGCAGAAGGACAUGGC